AUGUGGAGUCAUCGCAGAUUAAGUUGGAUCAUCAUUUCGCUUUGUAGCGUUUUGAUACACGUCACGAUAGCCAAUCCCAUUUACGUACCACAAUUUUUACCAAGUAGUACUGGAAGAAACAUACGACAUUUGCCAUGCGUGUCGCGUAGAUCAGGCGAGACCGGAAUUUGCAUGUUUGCGUUCACUUGUGCAAAGGCGAAUGGCACGCAUCUUGGUACAUGCAUCGAUCGUUUCUAUUUCGGUAGUUGUUGCAAGAUUGACGAAGAGCCGGACGUUGGACCUCAAGACAACAGCAUCGACGAUGGACCGCCAGCAGCGUCAAGGCCGUUCAUCACUACUCACAGUCCCAUCGAGAGCAAUGACAUACCCCCAUAUUUUCCAAGGCCAAAGCCUAAUGAUCAAAGCAAACCAUCUGGUACAUUCACCACUGUGGCUACUGCUAUCACUCAAGCUACGCAAAAUACAAAAAGUACAUCGGAUCCACAGAUAAGUAGUACAAAGAUUGUUACGAAGAAACCGACUAUACAAACUGUAGAAACGACGACUCAAUCGAUUCGUUUAUCGACUUUCCAAACAGUUCAAAAUGGUUCGUACGAAAAAUUCACUACAAGUGCACCAAUUAAAAAUGUCACUGAGAUUUCAACAGAAAAUACGAAGUAUUCGUCAAAUGUGUCUACAACUUCGACAAUUCCUAGUAAAUUAUCAGUCGGUAUCACGACUCAAAAGCCAACAGUUCCUUACAAAAUAUCGACUUCAGUCGCAACGAAAAGACCAAUCGUUGGUACGUCAAAACCAACGACGAAAAAACCUUUACAUACGAGUACUCAAACGACGAGUACUCAACGACCGAUACAAACUACCACGUCGAAAACUAUUAUUACAACAACGCAAAAGACAGUACCUUUUACGAGAUUUCCACCAAGAAAUACAACAUCGGUCAAGCCAGUGACUCAACAAUCUACCAAGAGACCAUCUACCGGUAGCACAAAAAGGCCCCUCACCACAAGCACGAAAAGGCCUACCUUGUCUACCAAAAAACCAACUCUACCUACUAAAAAACCAACGACUAUUCCAGCAAAUUCUUCGAUCGGUUCCAGUCAUGGUACAACGACAACGACAACGACAACAACAACAGCAUCAACUUAUUCGACAUCUAAUAAAGUGAGACCAACGUUCACGACAAUUGAAAAUAAUCUUUUAUCUUCAACCGAAGAAACGCUUGUAACUUCAGCGACGGAAACUACAGAUUUCACAACUCGAAAACCGAUUACAAUCACAACUGAGAAACCGAUUUAUCAGAAGAUCACGAUUAAACCGAAACCAACGGUUUCUAGGCCAGUUGUAACAACAGUGAUCAAUACGAAACCUACUAAAAUCAAUACAAUAAUAACUACUGAUAAAUCAGAAACACUCUUUACCACAGAAAAGACUACUUAUCAAAGUUCAGCCAGUAAUUCAACUUUGGAUAUUAGCAAGCCAAAACCUACUGAAAGUCCAACCAAGGCUACGACAAAGCCUAUUAGGAUCACAACACCUAGUUCCGUCUCUGUCGAUAGCUUCAUUAGUUCCUCUUCUUCGAGUGUAUCUACUCAGAGUACUACUACAACAAACAACAAGGUAUCUUCUAUCAACCAGACUUUUGAAAAAGUUCCACAAACUACCCCAUCAUCUGGUUUGGUCACGUGGUCUUCUCAUUCCGACGAGAUACCUACUAAAGCGACCGAUGUUUUAUCGACAACCAAGACACACGACGAAAUAACGGAGAACGAAUGGACACCAAUAACUACGCCGGAUGGUUGGGUAAUGAUCCAAUCACCACCGACGACUGCUGAAACAUCCUCGGGAAAUCCGGAAAUGAGAUCAACAACCGAAACUACAACAACAACGGAACAAGUUACGGAGACGUCAACGGUUCUAACAACUUUGUCAAAUCUGGCAACUAUUUCUGUUGAUACGGAAACACCGAUAACGAUAGAAACUCUGAAUAUGUCGGAUUAUAAACAAGUUUGCGGAAGAAGAAUAUUUCCCGAGUCGAGGAUCGUGGGUGGCAAUCGAAGUACGUUUGGCAAAUGGCCCUGGCAGAUCUCGUUACGUCAAUGGAAGACAUCAACUUAUUUACACAAGUGUGGGGCUGCUUUGUUAAACGAGAAUUGGGCUAUUACUGCAGCACACUGCGUUGAAAACGUAUCUCCAGCGGAUUUAUUAUUGAGGAUAGGUGAACACGAUCUAGCUAACGAGGAAGAACCCUAUGGGUUCCAAGAAAGACGAGUACAAAUCAUUGCGAGUCAUCCACAAUUCGAUCCAAGAACUUUCGAAUACGAUCUCGCACUUUUGAGAUUCUACGAGCCACUUUCGACAUUCAAGCCAAAUAUUUUGCCAAUUUGUCUACCGGAUGAUGAUGAAACUUACGUUGGUCGUACGGCUUAUGUUACCGGAUGGGGAAGACUUUACGACGAAGGGCCAUUACCAUCGAUCUUACAAGAAGUUGCUGUACCAGUUAUAAAUAAUACAAUUUGCGAAUCUAUGUAUAGAAAUGCCGGUUAUAUCGAACACAUACCACAUAUCUUCAUUUGUGCUGGAUGGAGAAACGGUGGUUUUGAUUCAUGUGAGGGUGAUAGCGGUGGUCCGAUGGUAAUUCAAAGGGCACGGGAUAAAAGAUGGAUAUUAGCAGGAAUUAUAAGUUGGGGAAUAGGUUGUGCUGUACCAAAUCAACCUGGUGUCUACACGCGUAUUUCCGAAUUCCGCGAAUGGAUCAAUCAAAUCUUACAAUUUUAAUUCGAUCAAUAAAAAAGGUGCGAACGCGAAAAAUCUACGAAUGACCUGUGCAAACUGGACGAACAUUGAUCUCACAGGAGAACUAAAAAAAGGAGGAGAAGAAAAAUUCGUAUAGCUAGGAUUUCAAAUUUCCCGGCAAAGUGAAAAUAAUCAAGAGAAACGUGUAUGGAUGCCACCUGACGUUUAUGUUUCGAAAUUGCUAAAGAACGUUUGAUAAGUGAACUAUCUGUACUACCAACAGCGGUGUUAUUUUACAACGAAAGUUAUGAUUUCUACGAUAUGUGGUGUCACGUCAUCUAAUCGAAAGUGAAUCUCGACGUCUCCGUUUUUCCCCAAAAACGCGACCUUUAUUCGAAUAUCGACCAAAGGAUAAGAGCCUAAUUAUCCUGUUUCUUAUUUUUUUUUUUUUUAAUUGCAAGUUAAAUGUGCAAUACAAAUGGAUGAAAAAUUAGAUGAUAUUCUUUAUAUAUUUUUUUUUAAAUUUGUUAUUUUUCUUUGAUUGAAAAACAAAAGGAAAAAAAUUUAACAUAGUGAUAAACUCGAACACGCUUCGGGCUAAAUGCAAUAUCGAAUGGAAAAGUGCUAUGUGACAGCGAAAUAAUAAAUCGAAAAUGAUUUUUCAUAUCUAAACUUCGAUAUCAAUCUAUGAUUUAGCAACGUAUCUGGAUAUUGA